AUGUCGACGCCGAAAGGCGCCGAUGCGCGGACGCGCCCCGCGGAACCCAUAUCGCCUGAUAGAGAGCCACCACCCAAACGCAUCCGGCGUCCCAUUACGGGACGAGGCACCUUCCUGGUCCCGCCGAGCUUCAACAUCUUGCACCGCCCCGGUGACGCAACUCGCUCGGCCACAACCUCUGUGCGGAGUACGCCUGCGCCCCCGUCUCGCGCGCCGUCGGUCGUCUCCAGCAGGGCCGCGUCGCCCGGGUUUCCGACCGGACACCAAGCAGCCAGUCCAGCGCCGGAAGUGUCGCCGUCGACGGAACCUCGUCGUCGCGCCAUCACUUCAUCCGCGGCGGCUAGUAGCUCACGCGCCAAGGCCGGCGCAGACGCAGGGGCUGCUGCCCCAGUUGACAAAGGCAAGGGACCAGCUGCCAGUGGGGCCGACCUCAUCGCAGGCCUCGGCAAGCGGGGGACAGACAUGUUGAUGCGUCUGCAGAACGAGUUAGAGGCGCUCCAGCUGAAGAUGGAGUCCCAGGAAGAUCACAUCAAGAGACUCACGCGCGAGAACACCAAGUUGUCCGCAGCUGUUAUGGAGCUCAAGACCGAGGCUGAGGAGCUUUGCGAGGCGGCGGAAGACGCUGUGGAGAACCUGGAGACCACGGGUGAACGCCUACGGGAACUUGAGGCCUUCGCUACGGGAAAUGUCAUGGACGGCGCUGGUGGGGCAGCGGUGCAGGGACAAAUGGACGAGAGCGCAGUGUUAGCGACCAUGAGCAAGAGCGAGCUGAAGACGAGCUUCUUCUUUGCCUGCGUCCGCAGCGUCCUCCUGGGCUUGAUAGGGGUCCGCAAGAAGGCUCCGCUGCCCCCACCGAUGCAGCGCGGCUUCUGGUCCUCCGACGACCCAAUGAGUCCGGACCGGCUCCUGCGACCACGGUGGGACGACGGCUGGCCGACUAACCGGGAGGGAUGGGCUGGAGACGUCGUCCAGAAGAUCAAGCUCAACGGGCGCAAGUGGUCGACGUCACUCACGCAGGAGGUCCUGGAUCAACUCCCGGAGGAUGUCAUUGAGGACGGUUUGGAGCGGUGCUUCACCACCAUGGCGAAGCGGUACCGUGAGUUGCGCGACCUGACGAAGACCACACAGGAGGAGAAUCGGGCGCAUGCCCGCCACAAGCGCCGCAAAGUCAUUAAAGCCGCCGAGCGCUCUGUGGUUAGGCAUCAGAUACCGGCGCUGCGGGACGCAGACUGGGACUGGUUCUUCCAGUGGCAGUUCCAGUCAACCGACGAGACUGACAAAGUCGGCGCGCCCACAGCGACGGCAUUGGACCCAAACACGGAAGGCGAGGGGCCUGCACGCGUCGCCGCUGCCAAGCUGAACACCACUAAACCUCCUGCUAAGACGCGUGCAUGGAAGCAGCGUGCCCCCGCAUACAGGGCGCCCGAGGGCACUGUCCGCUAUGACGAGGUUGAUGUCCUGGUCUUCAGGGCGCGCGCUAGUGGGGAUGCCGAGUCGUCCAUUCAGGGGAACACGUACCAUGCGCAUGUUCGAGGGCCCCCUAGGCUCGCCAAAGCGAUGGUCGACCCGGUUUGGCUGAGGAGCAUUCAUGGUAAGCCGUUCUGUAGCAUGCAGUAUCUCGCCGACUGGGUGGAGGGCGAGACGGUAGUGCCGGUCGCUGCAGGAGGUGGUAUGGACGAUGAGGAAGACGAUGGCGGGGACGAGGAAGACGACGCCGCAGAUGAAGGGGAGGUUGGGGCAGGGGAAGAUGGGGAAGGGGGCGAAGAUGGGGAAGGGCACGCUGCGUAA